CGGUAGCUAAUUUAAUGUCAAGCCUAGUGAUGCAUCGGCGGCGGCAUUACGAUGAGGAUGAGUACUCAUCAUCGGGAUCGGAGUACUGUUUGGAUGGAUUGGACAUGCAGCUGAUAGGCAACUUCCUGAGCUUCGCCUCCAGGGGGGACAGAGUGGGGUUGAACAAGAUGCUGAGAGAAGGCAUCAACCCCAACGUCCAAGACUACGACAAGAGAACCGCUCUCCAUCUCGCCGCCAGCGAGGGCCAUGCCCCCAUUGUUGAGCUCCUUCUCGCUUACAAGGCUAAUGUCAAUCUCAAAGAUCGCUGGCGUAGAACUCCUUUAACAGAUGCAAAGGAAUAUGGACAUCAAGACAUAUGCCGGAUUCUUGAGGUGAAUGGUGGAAAGGAGUCCGAUGAUCAUCCAAUGGCUGUACGCCGUGAGGAGGAUUCAGUUGAAAACAUCAUUGACAUAUCCGAACUGAACUUGCAGAAUUCCACAACAUUUGAUCAGGGUUUAUUUGGUGAAUCUAAAAAGGUGAAAUGGCGUGGAACCUGGGUAGCCAAAACUCAAAUCAGAAAGGUGCUGUCUGCAAAGGAUAACACACUGCUCAGGGAACUUCGACACCCCAACAUUUUGCAGUUCCUUGGAUCAAUUGUCCAAGGUGAAGAGAUGAGCUUAAUCACAGAGUAUUUGCCAAAAGGUAACUUGUAUGAUAUUUUGAAAACCAAGGUCCAUCUUGAUCCCAUAACUGCUUUGCGCUAUGCGUUUCACAUUGCACGGGGAAUGAAUUACCUGCACCAGCACAAGCCCUUCCCUAUAGUUCACAACAAUUUGCAUACAAAGAAUUUGUUGCUGGAUGAAGGUGGUCACUUGAAGAUUGGUGAAUAUUGGGUUCAAAUGCUGUAUAAUCAGAGAAACACAAAUCAAGGUAGUUGCCAAACCAUCAGCGCUUCUCCAUGUGACCCCAAGACAGAUGUUCACUCAUUCGGCCUCAUUUUCUAUCAGAUGCUGGAAGGGAAGUUUAAUGACUGCUCAAAGUAUGAACGUAAGCAGUUCAAGGCCAUUGAUCUAGAGAAGAAGUUUUAUAUAGGCCGAUGCCCCGGAAGAAUUCUUCAGAUGAUUGAGAAUUGCACUAGUAAAGAUCCAUCUCAAAGGCCAGAUUUUGGUUCUGUGAUAAGGAUCUUAGAAGAGGUUUCGAUGACAUCCAAAACGGCUGGCUGCCCGCCCUGUAUUAAGAAUAAGAACACUGAACACAACAUGAAUCAUAUCAGUAAUUGGAGGUUAUAAAAUUAAAGGACUCAAUAUAAUCAACACUGUACUACUCUCUGGUU